CGCUUGGUCGGCCAUCUUCCUCACCAGCUCGUCUCGCAUUGUUGUUGUGCAGAAUACAAGUCGAAGAUUGGCCAAAAUAACGGAGCGUUUAUUGGACUGAAAGGAACUUUUCAGGCCACCGUGCUCAGAUCAGGAGUGUAUUUUCGCGAUCGUAGUUGCAGUGUGCCGGUGAAGAGCUAUUCCUUUAUGCGGUUUGCUGUGGUGUGUAUGGGUUGUUUUUGGCGCAAGUGUGUGUAAGGCAGUCUAACGCCGAAGGAUGCAUUCCCUUGGAUCUGGUUGUCCGUCUAGCACUCCGAGUCUAUAAUUACUCCAUGGACUGAACACACCAUGGCUAGUGACUCAGUUAAAGGAAGACUGAAGCAGCUCGAGCAGUGGUUUAGCUUUGGAAGUAAAGAGAAAGGCUCUUACAGCAUCGAAACGUUUCUCGAUAUCUUACUCUUACUCUACGAUGAGUGCUGCAACUCUACCUUACGCCGGGAUAAAAAUAUUUCUGAGUUUAUAGAAAAUGUCAAGCCGGUUGCAACAAAAAUCAAGCAGUUUCGCUUACAUCGCGAAGACUUCGAACCUAUAUGUCUCAUUGGGAAAGGAGCUUUUGGAGAGGUCACAGUAGUUCGCCAGAAGUCUUCGGAGCGCAUUUACGCAAUGAAGACUUUGAACAAGUGGGAAAUGCUAAAGCGAGCCGAGACUGCAUGUUUUAAAGAGGAGCGUGAUGUGCUGGUUUAUGGCGACAAACGAUGGAUCACCACCUUGCACUAUGCCUUCCAAGAUGAUGACUAUUUGUAUUUUGUGAUGGACUACUAUAGUGGCGGGGAUUUGUUGACGUUACUAAGUAAAUAUGAAGAUCAUUUGCCUGAAGACAUGGCUAAAUUCUACCUGGCCGAGGUGGUUCUGGCUGUUGCUGCCAUACACAAAAUGGAGUAUGUUCACAGGGAUGUCAAACCGGAUAAUGUGCUGUUGGAUGUUAGCGGCCACAUAAGAUUGGCAGACUUUGGCUCCUGUCAAAAGCUUGGGAAAGAUGGCACUGUCAACUCAUCUGUUGCUGUUGGGACUCCUGACUACAUUUCUCCAGAGAUUUUACAGGCAAUGGAGGAUGGAAAAGGGAAGUAUGGGGUGGAAUGCGACUGGUGGUCUUUAGGAGUGUGCAUGUAUGAAAUGUUGUUUGGAGAGACACCAUUUUAUGCAGAAUCUCUUCUGGAAACAUACAGCAAGAUCAUGGCACAUACGGGGAAGUUCAAUUACCCUUCUGAUGUAGAAAUCUCAAACAAUGCUAAAGAUUUGAUGCAAAGACUUUGCUGUAAGGCUUCACAAAGAUUGGGACAGAAUGGAAUGGAAGACUUCAAGAACCACUCCUUUUUUGAAGGCAUCGACUGGGAAGGGAUUCAUUAUAUGACCCCACCUUAUAUCCCAGAAGUGAGCAGUCCAACAGAUACCUCUAACUUUGAUGUGGACAUUGAAGAAUCCAAAGCAAAUGAAGCUACUCGCCCUUCCUGUGCAGCGCCGUUCACAGGCCACCAUCUUCCUUUUCUUGGAUUUACUUUCACAGAAAAUAGCUUGAUUUCCGACUGUGCACCAGAUCUGACUGAUCAAAAGAAUGUGAAAAAGAAUGAAGACAUAACAUUACAUCCAGUACCUAGCAAUGCUCCUAGUUCACUCUCUGUGGAAGCCUACGAGAGACGGAUUGAGAGACUUGAACGAGAGAAGAAGGAUCUCGCUCGCAAACUACAAGAGUCCACCAAAGUAGUACGAGAACAGUCGGCGAUGAUAACCAAUGAUCCUGGUAAUGACCAAGUGGAUUCCAUGGAAGUAAAGAAACUCAAGGAUGAGCUGCUGUCCAUGAAGCAGAAAGUCAUGGAAUUUGAUGCUCAAAUGACAGAGCAAGACAAGGAGUUACAUGAAGCUUUAAAUAGCAGAAAGGAACUGGAGACUACUGUGGAAGAAAUGAAUGUAAAGAUCCGAUCCAUAGAAAGGGAUAACCGUGGUUUGAAGGUGGAAAAAGAGGACCUAGAAAGAGUCCUACAAGAAGCCGGUGAAAAAGUUGCUUCACAGCAGAAGGAGCUUAAAGAGGCACAUGGUCAGCGUAAGCUGGCAAUGGCAGAGUUCAGUGAGCUAAAUGACAAGCUUGCAGACAUGCGCUCUCAAAAGACCAAGCUCUCCCGAACUGUGCGUGAGAAAGAAGAAGAACUUGAGAGCACCAUGCAGAAACUUGAUGGCCUCCGAGUCGAAAUACGCAAUGCUGACAGGAAAAGAAGAGAGCUCCAAGCACAAGUGGAAGAAAUGUCUUCAGAGGCCAACAGGGAAAAGAAACUAAGAGUCAGGAGUGACCAGUACUCUAAACAACUUGAGGAGGAGAUCGAGUAUCUUAAGGCUAAGCAGAGAAGUCUUGGACGACCUUUUCCUUCUGAUACCACAGAGGAUGACCAACAGCAAGAGAUCUCCAGGCUGAAAGCAGACGUCGAAAGACUGAAGCUAGAGAGUGAAGAAACACUCCAGCAAACCAAGAACAAGCACACUGCAAAAGUUCAGGAACUGUCUGAGAAAAUUCAAGAGAUUGAAACAAAGAAAGCCUCGUUGGAAAACGAGGUAGCAUCACUGAAUGAAAAAAUAGAUGAAACAAGAAAAGAUAGCCAAAGGGAGCAACAAGAAAUGACACUAGAAAUGAACAGGAAGAAUGAACGUGAGCGCAAACUACUCAGAGAGGAGAACAAGAAACUCCAGUCAGAAAUUGACAAGUUGUCUGAAUCUCUUGAGAAGAGUGUUGCUGUGCAGCGAAAGAUGGAGGAAGAACUCAGGGAUAGCAGCGAGAAGAGAGAUGCUGUGUCUCACUGGGAAGCCCAGAUUGCUGAAAUUAUUCAAUGGGUGAGUGAUGAAAAGGAGGCACGUGGCUACCUGCAGGCUCUGGCAAGUAAGAUGACGGAGGAGCUUGAGGGGCUCAAGUCGUCAGGAUAUUCAUCUCUUCCAAGGGGAGAGAAGAAUCAGUGGCAGAUGAGAAGAUCACAGAAAGUGGACAAGCAAGAGAUACUAUCACUUCAGGCCAACCUUCAGGCAGAAAUCCAAGCAAAGACUCAACUAUCUGAGGAAUUGAAUAGAAUGAAAGAAGCAAAUGUCACCACUGAAAGGAAACUUGCUGAGUCUGAGGCCCAAAAUAACAGCUUGAGAGAAGAGAUCAAGAAGCUGAAGCGAGAUCUAGAGCAGAUGAAAGUUGUUAAUGUACAGAAGGGAGACUUGCCAUUCUUUACGUACCAGCAACAAAGUCGUUUGGAUAACUUAGAGGAGGCUAAUGAAAAUGAAGAUAGCAUAAGCUCCCCUGGAAGAGAGUCCAGAGCAUCCUCAGUGUCCCCAUCCCUGACUUCUGAGACACUAAUGCGAACAACGUCCACAUCAUCCAAUACAUUCGCACCACAACCUCAUGCUCACAAGUUUUCUGUGCGAACCUUCACCACGCCAACUAAGUGCAACCAGUGCACCUCCCUUAUGAUUGGAUUGGUACGUCAGGGGGCCAUAUGUGAAGUGUGUGGAUUUUCCUGCCAUACGACUUGUACCGAUGUAGCACCUGCAGUUUGUCCAAUACCUCCAAGUCAUGCCAGUCGCCGGCCGCUUGGCAUCGACCCAGAGAAGGGUAUUGGCACUGCGUAUGAAGGAUUUGUCAAGAUUCCUAAGCCUGGGGGGAUAAAGAAAGGCUGGAUGCGUCAGUUUGCAGUUGUGUGUGACUUCAAAGUUUUCCUGUUUGAUGUGACUGGUGAUAAACCACCGCAGAUCUCACAGUCUGCAACACAAGUCAUAGACAUGAGAGACGACGAGUUUGCAGUUAGUAGUGUUCUGGCUUCUGAUGUCAUUCACGCCAACAAGCGCGAGCUACCUUGCAUAUUCCGGGUCGUAGCGUCCCAGAUGACCCCCCCUGGGGAGCCCCUGACCCAGCUUUUCCUAACUGACAAGGAGAACGAUCGUGUCAAGUGGGUCAAUGCGCUCCAGGAACUCCACAAGUUGCUCAAAAAGAACUCUCAGAUUUUACAAGCGCAAAUCUUCCAAGCUAAGGAAGUAUGUGACCCUUCUCUUCCGCAUUUGAAACAAACUCUAUGCGCCACGAUUAUUGAUACUGAUCGUGUGGUGUUGGGGACAGAGGAUGGCUUGUUCUGUCUUGAGCUCAUGAAAGAAAGCGUUGCACGAAUCGGUGACAGUAAAAAGGCAUACCAAGUAGAGAUGGUUCCCGAUGACCAGCUUAUUGUCAUCAUAUCAGGGAAGAACCGGCACAUCCGACUGUACCCGCUGUCAGCAUUGGAUGGCCACGAGACGGAGCCCAUCAAGAUUAACGACACCAAAGGCUGUAUAAUGUUCGCGACCGGGAGUAUCCACUCCAACACGUCCAGCUGCCUGUGCGUCGCCGUAAAGAGGCAUAUAUUCGUUUACGAGCUGAACCGGACUAAAUACAGACAUCUUAAGUUAAAGGAUAUCCCUCUGAACUUCAAUUUGCAAUGGCUGGGUGUGUCGUUUGGUAAACUUAUUGUCGGAUACUUGUCCGGGUUCACCGUCUUUAACUUGGAAAGCGAUGCCCAACCUCAGAAGCUUGUGAGCGCAGAUGACCCCAACCUGAAUUUUAUCACGAAUAACCCUGUGGAAGCGCUUCUAGCUGUGGAGAUUGAGCCCAACGAAGAGUAUCUUCUCUGCUUCAGUCUGCUUGGUGUGUUCGUUGAUCAGACUGGCUUCAAGUCCCGGCGGUACGAACUCAUGUGGCCCUCUCCUCCUCAUCACGUCGCGUAUUCGCACCCUCACGUCAUCUCCUUUAGCGAGAGAGCCAUCGAUGUGUUUGACUCCCGGUCAGCAGAGUGGCUGCAAACUAUCCCCAUAAAAAGGUGUCACUCGCUGAUUUCGGAUGGCUCACUUAGUCUAUGCACUGCCUCGGAACAGUUCAACCUCGUUUAUCUGAAGAAUAAAUUAUAUGCUGAGGAGGAACUUAUCAUCCCUGAUCCGACAAAAGGCAAGAAGGCUCUUGCUGCCAUGCUCCGACUCAAGAACAAACGAAGCAUGUCCCAGAGAUUCUCUUGGAAGACGAAGGAGGCUGGUCUGCAAGAUUUGGAUCCCGACACCAAGUCGAAACUAAUCUCAGCACCAACCAACUUCAACCACAUAACCCACAUGGGGCCCGGCGAUGGUCUACAGAUAUUACGCGAUCUUCCAGUGGGUGUACAACGCGAGGAAGAGCAAAUGGCAGGCGGUCAGCGGGCUCCUCCUCGCUCCAAGCGAGCGGUCACAGGAAACCCCGCCAUGAUGAACAGGCCGAACCUCGUAGGAAGAGGCCGACCCCAGAGGCCCCAAAGUCAUGCGCCCUCCAUGUACAACGGCAAGUCUAUUUCUACCACGGGCGUGGACAGUGCUACGGACUCACCUCCUUCUAUUCGCCCGAGGUCAUCAUCGCAGACUCAGUCCCGGUCAGCGGAUGAUCUGAGUGACGCCAAACGGCACACGGUGAAUGGUGCGAGUCGAUUGUCCGCGGACCUUGACAGUUAUCCACAGCAGCGCUUGCGACACCAGGAUAUGUUACCACAUACGCCUGAUGACGAACAGAAGCAAUUGGAGCUAGCCAUCGAGCUCAGCAAGCGUCAAGCGGCUAUAGACAAGGCAUACUCCAGGGACUCCCUUAAUCUCCCGGAGUCGCCCAGACAUUCAUCAGCGUCUGGAUCCAGCUCAGGGCUUAGCGCCUCACCCACCCCUAGUCAGGAGGAAACGACAACGGUGACGUCACCCGAUUGUGUACGCUUGAGUUUCGAUAACACCAAACUAUGAGAUCCGGUGGCAAAUCAGCCGGUGACGCCCAUGUCAAUUCCUGAGGUCGAAUAGACAACUGGAAGAAGUGCAAAGAUGAAAUAUUGAAUAUUGUGCAUAACGUGUAGAUUGCCAGACUUGCAGUAACAAGCAAGGAAACGCAUCAACGAUACCAACUGAAGCACCUGAAAUGCCUCAAUCCUAAUCUUUAUUACACUAGCCCAUCUCCGGUCUAAUGGGUCUGAUAAAUGCCACCAGGAACUACACAUAGUUCCCGGAGAAGCCUUUAUUUCCAUGCAUCACUAUAAGUAUAAGCUCACCCUCAAUCGACGUUGCCGUGUACAUGCGCUCACCCGGUUCAAAAUGAAAUUAGUUUAAAUUUUUAGAAGUAUAGAUAAGUGAUUUUAGGAAGAAUGUUUAUUUUAGUAAGCCAGCUAUUCGAGGGCAAAUUGUCCCGUAUAGCGUGAUGAAUCACGCUGCUUGCUUAUGUAGCAAUUGCGCCUCCCCCUAUCCCAUCUUCAUCGGUUAUCGGAUUUUUAAGGUACUUAUUAUAAUCAUCAAUUACCUGGUAGUGUGGGAAUAAAAUAAGAUGUAUCAUAAUUAUUUUAAUCAAUCGCAGCGAUAGAAGACUCCGUAUGCGCUUGCUGGGUCGAGCAUCCAGGCAGAGAUUGUGAAAAAGGUCAAUGGCAUUUCGUUUUGGAAAUAUUCGCAAGUAUAUUCCCUUGUGAUGAAAGUCCCUAAGGAGAUGAUAGAUAUCUUUACAUUUCCUUUUCUAGACAUUAAAUGAACAGUUUAAUGUGUAGUUAGGUUAUUUUUCCUGUAGUGAUUAUAUAACUUUAAUUCUUGUUAUGAAAUGAAAAUCUCAUCUCAAAUGAAUUACAGAUACGUUUUAGGCUCGUGGUAGAUUGUCCAUUAGAACUAUUUGGUUUGUAAAGAGCCAUUUUAGAGUCUGCAUUAACGAAUCCUUUAGCAGCUCUAUUGCGUAUACUGCUCGCCCCUCAUUCUAAAAUCGCCUUCCAGCGCAUCAUAUAUGUCAAGGAGCCAAGUUCAGCCAACUUACCACUUCUUUGAACUGGAAGGCGUGUUUAGCCUUAUAAUAUAGCAAUUGAAACAAUGAGCCUAUCGCAAGGGCGAUAUGUUUGUACAAAGUUGAUAUAUUGUGCUCUAGUACAAAAACACUAGGUAAUAAACUCGCAUUUUAACAA